UGUAAACAUAACUUCUCAUGACGUCAUACACCGCCAUUAUUCAGCUGAGCCGUGUUUCAGAAUCCUCGGUUUUCACAGAAAAAAAACACAUUUAGUUAAUUACUCGCAGAUGGUUGCAAAUUACAGACACGGUAAUUCCAUGUCAUUAUAAUACAUUCCAGUGUAUCAAAUUGUAUGUAGCUAAGCUAUUUUAUGUGCCUCAACAACAUUUAAGGUGACCUGAAUCGAUCUCUACAGUCAGAGACAGAGUCUACUCAACUACCGAACGGACAGAAAGAUGUCUUCAGCGGAGGAAACGCAGUCUACUCCCGCCGAAGCUCCGGGGACGGAAGUGCAAGCUCUUGCUGAGGAAGAGUGCAUGGACACUACGCCUGCGGCACCUGCCGCCACCGACACAACGGAAUCUGCUCCUUCGCAGACAACUACACCACCACCAGAAACCACACCAACAGCAGAAACAACACCAUCGCAGCCUGUAAUGACAGAAUCAAAUCAAAAUAUUCCAAAGACAGACACUGGAAAAUUUAUCAGGCCAGCUCAACCAGUUAUCAAGCCUCCUGUUCCAAAAACAAUUCAGACAGACAGACCAUCAAAACAGUCCAUAGAACAAAUGGAGGAAGCCAAGCUGAAAGCAAAGUUUGGAGGACUGUCAAAGCCAGGAGGGUCUCAGUUUCUCCAAAAGAGGCUUAAUAAAGGCAUGAAGUACUUUGAUUCUGGUGAUUACAACAUGGCGAAGCAGUCUGGUAAGCUGGGUAGGCGCCCAUUGAGUGGUAAACCUGGUGGGAUCCCUUCUGCUCCUAAACCAACCGGUGAGGCUAUCCCAACACCAGACUCUAUUCAUCAUAGAAAGCAGUCAUCAGAGAUCAGCAAACUAGCCGUCUAACAGGGAAGAUGCAAUCAUAUACCACUGAAGCUAUCUUACCAAGCCACAUUAUGACAUGGAAGAAUGGAGAUACCUGUAUGUGUAAAUAGAAUAUUUUGAAAAUGAAAUGGGAAGAUAGGGUGUAUGAAAGGCACUUAAUGAAAGCUUUUCCCUUUAUUUGUUGUUGAAGCUGUCAUGUGUCAGUGAUCACCUAUAUCGUCGGCGGUCAUCAGAACCGACUAUCAGUCAAUUUUGGUUUUAAACAAAAAUCAAUUUUUAGGUUUUUGCAGAAAAUGAAAGUACAAGUCCAACUCUAUUCAUAACUAAAUUUUUAGACAGCAAUUUAUUUUCUUUUCUGAGAUAUUAGAGGAUUUUCACGGCGAUGCCAUACAAAUUUUUAAUAAAAUGCACAAAUCCCAUUGGUAAAAUAAGAUACGACGUUAUGACUGACCACAAUAUCGAUGCGCGCGGUCAACCAAACCGUCAUAUCGGCACUGGGCACUGCAUUGACUUUGCAUGUGAAAAGCGAUACGACGUUUUGACUGAUCGUGCACAUUGAAAUCGCGGUCAGUCAAAACGUAUCGCGUUUUCCCUAUGGCGUUUUUGUGUAGGGAAAAUCUAAGUCGCUGAAACCGAAAUUACAAGCAUGUAGCUCUUUUGCCAUAUUUUCUUGGAUCCUUUUGUGUAAAAAUAAAGAUACCAAUGUCAAGCAAGUUUCUUGGUCUUUCCAACCAUGUAUUUUUCAAGCAAUGAAUAUGUGGUCAGGCUGGGGAACUAAGUGUGAAAAUUAUGGUAUACUUUGAAGUCGAUUUUCUCUGUGAAAUGGGUUUGCACCGUUGUAUGUGUGAUACAACGGUUCGGAUGACCGCAAAUGAACUUUGAAGGAUCAUAUAACAGCAGCACAUUAUUCCAAGUAAUUUUCCAUUUAUUUCUUUUGUGAAGGAGAAAGGUAAAAUAUGAAUACAGUUUUGUAGACCUCUGUACAUAAGAUUCACCUGUAGUUGUUUCUAUAGUUAAUUUUCCUUGUUUGACUUCUUGGCCAGACUUCACACACUGAACCUUUUUUUUUCCAUCAGCAGCACAAACUAUCCACCAUUUUAUUCAAGUCAGUCAAAUUUACAUGUACUUUUCAAGUACAUGAUUAAGUACAAUGUGCAGAUGACAACCUAUUUUACUUGUCUUCAACUCCUUUACUGGCGACCUCUGUACAUUGCAUACUGCCUUGUGUAUUAUACAUGUACAUACAAAUGUCAAUGAACACUGGAAAAUGUUUCUGCUAAGCUUCAUAUUUUAUAGAAGGUUGAAAGUUGCCUGCCUUGUCCCAUAAUCUCCAUACAGAUUUGUUGAAUUACUAAAGAUAAAAAGACUUGGUUUCAUAUGGAGUUAACAAGUUCAAUAUAUGGAAAAUAAAUUGAAUUGAAUUGAAUAUUAUAUUUACACAUUUCUAUUGAAAAAGGGAAUAACAUUCAGGCCAGCCCUGGGCUAAUGUGAAGUGUACAAUGUACAUUCAUAAUUUGUUGGUGCACUCUAUACUUACAUGUACAUCAAGAUACAUUUUACCUUGGUUCUAAUUGAAAUUGAAAUAAAGUACUUCAAAGGUGCAAGGUUCAAGCCUUGGGUAAUUUGAGUCUUUUAUCUUCCUUCAGAUAUGGGUGUGAUAUUUUGGAAAUCCCACAUUUUCUAUGUACAUGUAAAUAAUCUAACACAUUUCCUUUCAAAUCAUCCAGUUGCUCUCAGUAUGUGGAUAUAUCUGGGGUUUUUCAGAUCUUUAAAAAACAUACAUGUAGUAUAACAAAGUCAUAUACAGUAUAUGGAGAUGUCUAGAUAAUUGUCCUUUAUUUUAAUAUUGUUUUUGAUAUAGCUGUACAAAGGAUGCUAAACUAUCUGUUCUACUAUAAAUGCUUUAUUUAAAGCAUAAUUUUGAUACCUUUUAUUAAUCUCCCCAGGUUUUGCAAAACAGAAAAAGACAAAUCCCGGUAUUCUCAGAAUUUCCCAGAACAUGCAAGCAUUCAGGCCAAAAAUUAUGAAAAUAUACAAUGAAUAUAAUGAAAAUCCCGCACAAUCCAAUAUAACAACGUUGUUCAUUCAGCGACCGGGCCACCAAGUGUGAGCUUUUACAGAAAUUUUGUGGCCUGACUCUCAUUUUAGGUUGCCCUGGGCCACUGCUAAUGUCAAGCCCUGGGUACUCAAAUGUUAGUGAAUCCAACCAGAAAAUUAACAUAUUGGAAUUGUCAAAGUUCUGUCAUGUUGUGAAGUCAGGUGAUAUUAUUACAUUCAAUAAACUUAAGUCUGUUUCUCUUGGCAUGCCAAACAUUGUAGUGUUGUCUUCAUUCAACACUAAAGCUUGAAGGCGUGCCUUUUGUGGUUAGGUUCACCAAUUUUUGAGCACAACUGUACAUUGUACCAUUGUAUUGAUUUAUCACUCGGAUAUUGUUACAAAUUCAUUGAAAAUUUGUUAAUGUGGGACUAAGAGUAAUACUUAGAAAAAUCAUACCAUGGACACGAGUGUUUAUUUUUGUUUGCAUGAAGCACAAAAGAACAUAUCGUUGCUGAGUUGUUAAAAACCUUGUAUCUCAAAUUCAUAAACAAAAAUAAGGGUACAUGUACAUUUAGCUCAGAAAGAGGCUGUAUUUUUUUAAUAUGGCAGAUGUGGAGCCUAAUAUUGUCUGGAAAAACCCCCUCUCAUUUCCUGCAGAUAAAUUUUUCUAGGUAGAAGAAGCUUGCUGCUGAUGUCAUUUACAUUUUUUUUUCCUGAGCAGUCCUCCAUGUUUUUGUUUAAAUUUUGAUAAUCAGGUUUAUCACCCCAGCAACACUACAAUGUUCAUGUAUAUACUGUAUUUUGUUUAUGUUUAAUAAAUGGAUAUUGGUUGGCAAGCAAUUACCAGGGGGUGAGAAAGCUCUAUGUAUAAUUAGAAUCUUAUUUUUUUUCUCUCUGAAAUGUGGACAGGUACGUUUAUUUCCAGUAAAUUACUUGUUUAGUUUUGUACAGCCUGCAGGUAUACAAUAUAGUUUUUCUCAUCCAUGUAUACUAUGCAGAAAUUUGAAAAGGUGGCAAGCACUUUGAAAAUAAAGAAUGUAUAUUUUACUAAAGAAAUGCUCUUUAUUGUGAUAUCAAACUUAUUUUUAGGUAGACAAAAUGGUACAUUUAUUAAAUGUAAUAAGUACAUGAAGGAUAAUAUAAUUUUGUUGUAUCUGCCAUGUAAUUUCCAAGAUCAAAAGAGGAUUUUUAAAAGGAAAUGUUAUUGAUAUACAUUUUGCUUGUUAUUUACUUGAAUAUUGUAAUACUGUAUGUUUAGUUUGUUUUAUAUACAAUGUUUUAAUCCUGUCUUUUUUCACAUUUGUGUGAGCUCCAUGAAGGUUUCUUUUUUCAUUUUGUUGAAAAUUUGUAUUAACCCCAUUUUUCAAUUUCCUUGUAAAUCAUAAAAACACAGUUAAUGGAUUCCUUACUAUACAGGUAUCCUGGUAAAGUGGAUACAGAGGAACUUAAAUGCAACAACUUUCCACAAUUGAUAUAAUUUAAAAGAAAGAAAGAAAAAAUAAAUAAACAAG